GUGGAUAUUAACCUCCGAAAUACAAAUAAAUCAGUUUUCUGUUAACUGUGUGUGUUCCGCCGUUCAUCAUGUCCACUUCAGGAACGCUUGCCUUCGAUGAAUAUGGACGGCCUUUUAUUAUCAUCAAAGACCAGGAUAGGAAAUCUCGUAUGACCGGCCUUGAUGCGCUUAAGUCACACAUCAUGGCUGCGAAAGCAGUUGCCAACACCUUGAAGACCUCUCUGGGUCCGAAUGGCCUUGAUAAGAUGAUGGUGGAUAAGGAUGGAGAAGUGACAGUCACAAACGAUGGCGCUACCAUCCUCAGCAUGAUGGACGUGGAUCACCAGAUUGCCAAACUUAUGGUUGAGCUCUCAAAAUCCCAGGAUGAUGAGAUUGGAGAUGGCACAACUGGGGUUGUGGUUCUUGCCGGAGCUCUUCUCGAACAGGCCGAGCAACUCUUGGACAGAGGGAUCCACCCUAUCCGCAUUGCUGACGGCUAUGACCAAGCUGCACGCAUUGCCAUCGAACACCUGGAUAAGAUUAGUGACAGCUUUCCAGUGGACAUCAACAACACAGACCCACUCAUUCAGACAGCCAUGACCACACUCGGCUCUAAAGUUAUUAACCGAUGCCACAGACAGAUGGCAGAGAUUGCAGUGAAUGCCAUUCUUACCGUGGUAGACAUGGAGAGGAAGGACGUUGACUUUGAGCUCAUUAAGAUGGAAGGGAAGGUUGGAGGUAAACUUGAGGACACUCAGCUUAUCAAAGGUGUCGUCGUGGACAAAGAGUUCAGCCAUCCUCAAAUGCCCAAGGUCUUAAAGGACACAAAAAUCGCCAUCCUGACAUGCCCGUUUGAGCCACCCAAGCCUAAAACCAAACACAAGCUGGACGUGACCUCAGUGGAAGACUAUAAAGCUCUACAGAAAUAUGAGAAGGAUAAAUUCCUGGAAAUGAUUCGGCAGGUCAAGGAGACCGGUGCAAAUCUUGCCAUUUGCCAGUGGGGCUUUGAUGAUGAAGCGAAUCACCUGCUGCUGCAGAACGAGCUGCCUGCUGUGCGCUGGGUCGGAGGACCCGAGAUUGAGCUGAUUGCCAUCGCCACCGGUGGCCGCAUUGUUCCCAGAUUCUCUGAGCUGACUCCAGAGAAACUGGGUGCCGCUGGCCUGGUGCGAGAAAUCUGCUUUGGCACAACUAAAGACCACAUGCUUAUCAUUGAAGAGUGCAAGAACUCCAGAGCUGUUACAAUCUUCAUCCGUGGAGGAAACAAAAUGAUUAUCGAGGAGGCAAAGAGAGCACUCCAUGAUGCCCUGUGUGUCAUCCGUAACCUGGUUAAAGAUAAUCGCAUUGUAUAUGGCGGCGGUGCAUCUGAGAUUUCCUGCGCUCUUGCAGUUAAUGAAGCUGCUGAUAAGUGCCCUUCUCUGGAGCAGUACGCCAUGAGGGCAUUUGCUGAUGCUCUAGAAGUCAUUCCCAUGGCAUUGGCAGAGAACAGUGGGUUGAAUCCCAUCCAGACAAUGACUGAGGUCAGAGCUCGGCAAGUUAAAGAAGCAAACCCUGCUCUGGGAAUUGACUGCCUGCGCCUGUCCACUAACGACAUGAAGCAGCAACAUGUGAUCGAGACCCUCAUUGGAAAGAAACAGCAGAUUUCUCUCGCAACCCAAGUGGUGAAGAUGAUCCUGAAGAUCGAUGACGUCAGGAACCAUGGCGAAUCUGAAGACUGAUCACAUAUGGGGCACUCUGACAGCAAUGUCAUUUAGUCUUAUUUAUCAUUUCAUACAGCACGCACUCACUCACUGUAGAGCAGAAACAAUUAAUAAAAUGUUGUUCAGAAGUUAA